AACACUAUAAAAAUCAAGAAAAAAAAGAGGAAAAAAAAAAGAAAGCAAAAGAAAAUGGCCAAGAAGAUUAUUGCAAUGUUUCUAAUGUGUAUUGUGGUGAUGGGUGCUUUGCAAUUUGGCACUGCCAAUGAAGAGGUGGACAAAUAUGAGGCCAAAUUUGAGGCCAAAUAUAAGUCUUGUUAUGAAACUUGUGAGAAGGAAUGUCUUCAAAAUAGCAAUGGCCAAAGUUUUUGUGAAGUUAAAUGUGAUGAAGAUUGUGAUGAAAAGGAAGUUGCUGAUAAGUUACACAUCGGAUUGCGUUGAAUAAUGAAAAACAAGGAGAGAAAACUUUGAGGAUGAUUAAGAAAGGAGCUUUGAGGAGGAUUUAAUUAGUAAUUGUAUUAAAAUCAAGUUUAUGAGAGGAGUUAAUGAGCCUCCUUUCUCCUCCUUAAAUUUUAUAUUGUAAUUUUUUAUUUUUCAAAUUUCCUUUUUGGUGUCAUUUUCAAUUUAUAAUUUAAGGAGAUUUAGUUCAGAC